AUGCUAUGGAAACACGUGGACUUGUCCAAAUUCAUGAUUGCUGGUGCCCCGUAUGGUGGUCCUAUCGCAAUGAUACGUGACGAUAAGAAGGUGCUAUUACUCCAGAAACAGCAACCUGUAAAGCCUACGAUAUAUCUAUAUACUUCAGCUGGUAAAUUAAUGGAACAAUUACAAUGGGAUAAAGGUCGAAUUAUUACUAUGGGAUGGACUGAUACAGAACAGCUAAUUGUAGUCUUGGAAGAUGGUACAAUUCGACUUUACGAUAUUCAUGGUGAAUAUACACAGUUUUCUCUCGGUAAAGAGGCAAAGGAUCACUCUGUCAUAGAUUGUCAAAUAUGGGGAACUGGUUUAGUUGCGUUGACUGGAAAUUUUAAGCUGAUAUCUCUUACGAAUUUCAGUGAACCAAGACCACGCUUAAUGGCUGACCCUGGAUUAAAUGAGCCUCCCCAUAGUUGGACGGUAAUUCCGCCUCAAUAUACUUUAAGCCGUCAUGUAGAAGUACUAUUGGCAACUGGGUCAACUAUUUUUACUGUGGAUGCCAAAGAAUCGCAAGAUCAGUUUCUACAGCAGGGACCAUUCACUAAAAUGGCUGUGUCUCCUAAUGGAAAAUUCCUUGCUUUAUUCACAACUGAUGGGAAACUAUGGGUCGUUUCAACAGAUUUUCAAAAAAAUCUCUCAGAAUUCCCUACUAAAUCCAAAGUUCCUCCUCAACAGCUAGUGUGGUGUGGAACUGAUUCUGUGGUAAUGUAUUGGGACAAGAUAGUACUGAUGGUAGGCCCAUUUGGUGAUUGGAUAAAACAUACCUACGACGAUGCUAUUUAUUUGAUCCCUGAAGUUGAUGGCGUGCGUGUUAUAAGCAGUGACAAAUGCGAGUUUCUACAGAAGUCCUCACUUUUGCCAUAUACAGACGUAACUGAGGAUAUCUUCAAAAUUGGCUCGACGACUCCAGGUGCAAUGUUAUUCGAUGCUCUUGAUCAUUUUGAAAAAAAAAGCCCAAAGGCAGACGAAAACAUUCGAAGCAUUCGGCCUGAACUUGCUGAUGCUGUUGACGCGUGUAUCGAUGCUGCAGGUCACGAAUUCAAUCAAUAUUGGCAACGCAAUCUACUAAAAGCUGCAUCAUUCGGAAAAGCAUUUCUGGAGUCCUAUAAUGCCGAUCGUUUCGUAAAUAUGUGUCAAACUUUAAGAAUAUUGAACGCUGUACGUUAUUAUGAAAUAGGGAUACCUAUAACGUUCACACAGUAUGAUCGGCUUACGCCUGAUGUACUUAUCGAUCGAUUAAUAAAUCGGCAUCAUCAUUUGCUCGCGCUACGUAUAUGCGAAUACUUGAAGAUGCGGUCUGAUAGGGUUUUAAUUCAUUGGGCAUGCGCAAAGAUAAAGAAAUCAAAAGACGAUGAGGAGACGAUUUGUCGUAUGAUUGUUGAUCAAUUGGCUAAUAAACCUGGACUUUCUUAUGCUGAAAUAGCGAAAACAGCGCAUGAAGUGGGACAACCUAAGUUGGCUACAAAGUUACUUGAUUAUGAACCACGCGCUGCAGAUCAAGUCCCUCUUUUGGUUAGCAUGCAAGAAGAUGAAUUAGCCCUAAUAAAAGCAAUAGAAAGUGGGGACACUGAUUUAGUAUACUAUGUAAUGCUGCAACUCAAAAGAAAGCUACAGCCGUCUGGGGAAUUUUUCCGAAUAAUAAACAAUAAACCCAUGGCAUGUAAUUUAUUGGAAGUGUAUUGCAAACAGCAAGAUCUAAAAUUGUUGAAGGAUUUUUACUACCAAGACGAUCGACACGUUGAUCGUGCAAAUAUCAUAGUUCUGGAGAGCUAUGAGCAAAAGGAUCUCAAAGAGAGGAUAGAUAAAUUAAAAGUAGCAUUAAAAUUAUAUCAAGACGAUAAGGAUCAUGCAUUCGAGGCAAAGGCAAUAGAAGAAAACAUAAAAUUAUUACAAAAGCAAUCGCAACUAGAAAAAGAGAUAUCAGGCCAGCAAUUCGUCGGGUUAUCUCUAAGUGAAACGGUACAUAAAUGUAUUAUGGCGAAGGAGUCGAGUAAAGCGGAUAAAUUAAAAUCUGAUUUCAAGAUAUCGGAUAAACGAUUUUGGUGGAUUAAGCUUAAAGCGUUAGUAGAGAUGCGAGAAUGGACGGAAUUGGACAAGUUGGCGAAGUCUAAAAAGUCUCCGAUUGGUUAUGAGCCAUUUGUUGAAGAAUGCAUCAAAGCCAUGCAACACAGAGAGGCCGCAAAAUAUAUUCUUAAGUGCGAGCCGGCUGUUCGUCCUGGUUUAUUUAUCAAAGUUGGAGACUUUAAAGCUGCCGGUCAAGAAGCACUUGCAUUGAAAGAUGUACAGUUAUUAAGGGAAAUCCGUAGCAAAUGUGGUAAUCAUAUUAUCGCUCAAGAACUGGAUGCUUACAUCGCACAAUUACAGAAUCGAUAA